AUGCCUACAGAAUUCAUCAGCCUAACUUUCCCUAACCCCUCUACGGAGCUCAACCCCAUUCCCGGGGCUGGAAUCGAUCCAGAGUUCCUCGUCCGAUAUGCCCGGAAUCUUGAUGAUUACGAGUUCAACUACACUUUGAUCCCCUAUCACUCCUCUUCCUUUGACCCCUUCACCAUCGGUGCCACUAUCCUAGCUGUUACCAAGCAAAUCAAGAUUGUCAUUGCUCUUCGCCCUAAUACCCUCUACCCUACCGUCGCUGCCAAGGCUCUCGCUACACUUGACCAGCUUGGCAAGGGCCGAGUUGUUGUUCACUUCAUUGCUGGUGGAGAUGAUACUGAGCAAGCCCGUGAGGGUGAUUUCUUGAAUAAGUCUGAGCGAUAUGCUCGUCAAGAGGAGUAUAUCAAGAUUCUCCGACGGGCAUGGGCUUCCCCUGAGCCUUUUGACUGGGAGGGCAAGUACUAUACUUUCAAGAACUUUUCCAACCAAGUCCGCCCCACGAAUGGGCACAUCGACGUCUCAGUAGGCGGUUCAUCUGAUGAUGCCUACCGUAUUGGUGGCGCUCUCGCCGAUAUCUUUGGUCUAUGGGGCGAGCCGCUCAAGGAAACCAAGGAGCAGAUCGAUCGUAUCUACGCCGAGGCUGAGAAGGCUGGCCGUAAAGAUCGUCCUCGCAUCUGGGUUACCUUCCGACCUAUCAUCGGCGACACAGAAGAGAUCGCUUGGGCCAAGGCUCACCGAACCCUAGAUCUCCUCAAGGAGAACCGACCCAAGGGGGUUGGCAAGGCUGCACCGAAUGACAACCGCCCUCAGAACGUUGGAUCCCAGCGUCUGCUAGAUAUCGCCAAGAAGGGUGAGGUCCAAGAUCGUGCUCUCUGGUAUCCUACCGUCACAGCCACCAAUGCUCGAGGUGCAUCUACAGCCCUGGUAGGCUCUCACCAGACUGUUAUUGAUUCUAUUCUUGACUAUGUCGACCUUGGCGCUGAGCUCAUCUCUAUCCGUGGAUACGAUAACCUGAACGAUGCCAUCGAUUAUGGUCGAUACAUCCUGCCUGGCGUACGAGCUGCUCUGAAGGAGCGACAAAAUGGCAAAAACGGUGCCAAUGGCAGCAAUGGAGCUACUAAGGAAGAAGUUAAGCAGGAGGUCAAGGAGGAGGCCAAGGUUGUUCCAGUCGCUGCUUAA